AUGAGCUUGUCCCCGAAUUUUAGUACCCACGGCAACUGGAGAGUCGUCUACAGUGACCAGGACGAAAAGGAUGAAAGGGUGACGGAUGGUAGAAAGACACUUGCCGAUACCCUUUCGAUACCAAAGUCCAUGUGCAUCCUAUCUGACUCCAAGACUAAAACCCCCAUGGUGACAGAGCUCGAUCCACCAAAAUUGAAGCUUCCCCAGCUCGGAAGUGACACCGUCGAGAGAGUGUUCCCAGUUCGAUCAGUCCUUUCUUUCGAUUCGACACCUUCUUCGGCUCUUCAAACACCAUCCAUCGAAAUAUUGGAAACUCCAAGCUCUCCAUUCUCAGAAGGAUUUCGUACGAGUACAGUGCUGGAUGAGAAAGUGAAAAAUCAAUCUUCAGAACAUCCUGAAGAAGCCGAGGGUUUGAAUUGCGGACCGGAGAGGCCGAAUCAUCUCUUCCCACUGCGAGAUCAGAAGCACGAGCUUGGAGAAUCAUCAAAAUCGACAUUGACCCUUCCUAUACGCGAUGAUCUUCGCUUUUCAAAAGAGACACCAUUUUGCGACCCAAGUGAAACAAGCCAUGGCGGAAGCCCCAAAAUCCAGUUGGAAAUCGAUACGAACCUCCGUUUAAAAGAAAUGCUUCAAGAAGGCGGGGCCAUUCUGAGAACAAAGAAGAUAGCACCAGGCAUCGGAUAUCCAAGAGAUGAGGAUAAUGGUGAUGAAGACGAGUCCAUCACAAUCCAAAGAUUCGGUGCCAUACUCGUCAUCCUCGAACUCGAAGGCCACCUCACUAUCCAAGCCGUGAGCAACAACUCGAGAGACAUUCUCGGCUAUUCACCCGAUGAACUAUUCGAAAUAUCCUCAAUAUGUGAUAUACUGUCACAAACUUAUCAUCAAACCUUUUAUUCGCAUGCAGGGAUUGUCCUGGAUGAUUGCUAUGACGUGAAGACUUCUGGGCCUGAGGUUUUCCCACUCUUAAUAAAAGCUCCAAGAAAUCAUGAGAAACUACUUUGGUGCACAAUGCAUACCAGCAAAGUCUACAAGGACUAUAUCAUUUGCGAGCUUGAGGCUGAGAAGUCUGAUUACCCCAAUCUUGAAGACAAUUCACUCGAGGGAGGCCGUGAUACAUACCACCCAUGUGAGCCAAAUUUGGCCGACGAGCCCUGGUUUGCGUCUCCUUCCAAGCUGGACAAACAGGAGAGUACAACUUCCAAUAAAAAUGCCAUGAACCUGGGUGUUGUGAAUCAAAUGGCAUCUGUCGUUCACCGAAUUUCGAGCUCUCAAACUAUGGAUGCGUUGAUCGAUCAUGCUGUAUCGGGUUUGAUGCAAUUACUCCAAGUCCAUCGUGUCACGGUGUAUCAGCUUGAUGGGAAUUACAAUGGUACCGUGGUGGCAGAUUCGGUUGAUCCAUCCCUUGGUAUCCAGACUUUUAAAGAAGCUAGUUUCGACGAAGGCACGUUCACCGGGGAUGCUAAAAUGCAACAUCUUCGGAACACCGUGUGUCUUUCAUACCAUUCCCGAGGAGAUGAAGCAGAAUUAGCUUACAGAUCGUCGACAAACAAAAUGGGACUAGACCUUUCUCAUUGUUACUUGACUACAAAUUCUAAAGAUGUCUCAGAGAAUAAUAGCCCCUCGACGAGUGUCUACAUGUCAAUUGGGAUAUACGCCUUUGGAAAGAUGUGGGGGUUGGUAUGUUGUCAAUCAUACGACGAGAGAUUCAGACUCCAUCCACUCCUUCAGAGAGCAUCGUGGCUCAUGAGUCAGACUAUCUCAAGCAAUAUUGAGCGACUAUCCUACACAUUACCCUUUCAACCGAGUGAUAAAAGCACCGACCCAAUGAGCCAAGACCCAGUAGGGCAAAGUGAAAUAUCGGGAGACCUUCUUAUUCACUUCGGAGCAGACUAUGCAGCAGCAUCAAUCCUAGGCGAGACUAAGAUCUUGGGAAACCCACCAGACUCACAGGAGGCUCUGGCCGUGCUUGAAUAUCUGAGAGCGAAAGGGUUGCGUAUCAUUAUCUGGUCAAGGGACAUUCUGUCUGAUUUCGACGAUCUGGAAUACUCCCCAGGAUUUCACCAUCUUGCAGGACUCUUUUACAUACCCCUCUCGCCUGAGGGCCAUGACUUCAUCAUCUUCUAUCGAAGUGAAAACCGGUCAAUCUCCGAUAAAUGGACUCUAGAAUACAACAACAGGCAGAUCGAAAUUCACCAAGAGGAGUGGCCAGCAGCGGAUCUUGGCAAAGCUUCCAUCUUAGCCAUGAUGUAUCGCAUAUUGACGGACAUUUGGCAAGAAAAGAAGGCUGCAAUGCAAAAUGACCAGCUAUUGAAGCUUCUCCUCGCCAACUCAGCACAUGAAUUCCGAACUCCUCUGAAUGCAAUCAUCAAUUAUCUAGAGAUCGCCCUAGACGGAAACCUCAACCAGGAAACGCGAGAGAGUCUCUCCAGGUCACACUCUGCCUCCAAGUCUCUCGUUUACAUUAUCAACGACCUUCUUGACCUCACGAAUGCAGAGAACGGACAGAAUCUGAUUAAAGACGAGGCUUUUAGUCUCUCAGAAACUCUCUGCGAGGCGACUGACAUUUUCUGGGAAGAGGCUAGACAGAAACAAGUUGAUUUGCAGGUCAUUCAGCAUUCAGCCUUGCCCCCAGUGCUAGGCGACCAGCGUCGGGUCCGACAAGUUAUCACUAACCUAAUCAGUAAUGCAGUCCAACAUACCUCAAUUGGCGCAGUGACAAUCGAGUCGUGUACGCUUUCGGAUCCCUUCUGCGAACCAGGUGAAAUUACCAUAGAAGUCGCGAUUCACGAUACCGGCUCCGGAAUGCCACAGGAAACCGUGGAAACUUUAUUCUGCCAGCUCGAGCAGAUUUCCAACAAAGGCGACAUGCAAAGUUCCGCGCCAUGUGGGAAACGCUCGGGUGCUGCCACAUUGGGAAAGGAAAGUGUUCUUGGGCUGGGACUGGCGCUGGUGGCGCGGAUAGUGCGCAACAUGAAUGGUCAGCUCAGUUUGAAGUCGGAGGAAGGCAGUGGGAGUUGUUUCAGGAUACGGCUCAAGUUUCCACUACCAGAGAGCGAAGAUGUCUUGCAGUCAGCAGAUGAAAAAUCUGAUGACAGACAAGGCGAAUCGGCGUCCAGCGACAACAGACAGACACCAAAUGAACAGGACGAAGAGGCUGAGGAAAGAAGAGAUCCAUUGUCAUGUCAUUGCGGCGACGAUACGUCGAAUGUAGAGGAUCUAGGACGAAAGAACGGCUCGCAUGUAAAUGUUGAUGUCGCUUUGAAGAGUGGAGAGUCAAGAAGUAUUGCACUUCCAUCCUCGAAGCAAUCCACCAUCGAGUCUACAGCCGGCCCGGAUCCAGCUUCCAAGGCGGACUCAACAACAGCGAAAUCGAAAAUCCUAGUUGCGGAGGAUGAUCCCAUCAACAGCACCAUAGUACAGAAACGCCUUGAAAAAGUUGGAUACUCCGUCCGCAUGACAGGAAACGGAAAAGAGUGCGCUUCUGUUCUUCGAGAGAACAUUAAUGCAUUCGACGCAGUGCUGAUGGACCUGCAAAUGCCUAUUGUCGACGGCUCGAGUGCUACCAAGAUAAUUCGUGAGCACGAGCUUGAAUUAACAUCAACCCGGUCGACCAUGGCCCAUGACCAUGACCGUAUCCCUAUUUUUGCUGUUUCGGCCUCGCUGGUGGAAAGAGACCGGCAAUCUUAUAUCGACAGUGGUUUUGACGGGUGGAUCAUGAAGCCGAUUGACUUCCAAAGGGUCCAUAUCCUUUUGGGCGGAGUGUCUAGUCCCGAGGCAAGAAACAGUUGUAUCUACCGACCUGGAAUGUGGGAAGAAGGCGGAUGGUUUGAAAGACAUCCACGAUGA